AUGGCGCGCAGCAGCAGCACCAGAACCGCCCAGCUGUUGGUGGUCGCCACGGUGGCCUUUUCAACGCUACUUCCACUGGCCAGGGCACAAGACUACGAUGUGACUGACAUCCAGUGUUCGUUCGCGUCCCAGGGCUCCAACCUGGGUGACAUCAUAACGGCCAAGCUGAAGAAGCCGAUCGGCUUCAAGGGGGCGCCCCUGUUUGCGGAUGACCGCGCCGUCAACCCGGAGGCCGACCCAGCCUGCUCGAUCCGGCAGGACCGGAAAGACGCGGCCGAGCUUAGCUAUGACCUCAAGAUCACCGACUUCUCACGCUGCGGCGUGCUGAAGAGGAAUGGUUUCGUCCACGUGCGCAUCUGGUUCCCGCAGUUCCCAUCGGUGGUGAUGCAGUCCGACCAGGAGCUGAUCAUCAUGUGCAAGCCGCCAGAGCCCACGGUUAUCCAGAAUAAGGCCGCCGGAUUUGCGGGCAGCUUUCCCCAUGGAGCACGUGUUUCCGGUGUGGUCGAAGAAACCCCCGGGCGGCUAGAGUACGAAGUGGCCCUGUACAAGGAGGCACCCCCGAUUGCGCGAAUCGCCGGAUUGAAGAACCACUCGUCCAGCUCGCUGCCUUCGGUGACCAACAACGAAGUUCCGGUCGAUCAGGCCGUCCCCAUCGGCACCAAACUGCAGCUGCGAGCUCGCAUCAGCGCCCAAAGCGUGUGGAAGUACGUCAAGCUGCUGGAGGUGACUGUUUCGCCCGAUCCCGAUGAUCCGCAUGCUUCCGGCUCGGUUUCGCUGGUCCGCGAAGGAUGUCGCAACCGGGACUUUGCCUCGAUCAUUCCUCACCAGCCCGCUCGCUAUCGUGACAAACCGAACGAAGUGUUCCUGGAUUUUGAGGCGUUUUUGCUAAGCUCAAUGAAGGAACGAAGCACUCUGUGGAUUCACUCCCAAAUCAAGGCCUGUAUGGACGCGAUGGACUGCCAACCCGACUUUUGUCUGGACCUGUAUGAACCUACCAAGCGGAAGGGACUCGGCAGACGUCGUCGCUCGGCGGGAGAGGUCGCGUACGGCAACUUGCUGUCGAUGAUCGGCCACGAUCGGUUCAAGAGGGCCUCCGGUACUCAGAACACCACCGAGUUCACCAAGUUUAACGAGAACAUUGAGUACACCGUCAUCAUGCCAGGCCAGUACGACGAUCUGCGAUACCAGGAGGUUCCGGACCAGUGCAAAAACUUUGUCAUGAUCUCGGGACUGCUGGCCGGUCUGUUGGCUCUGUCGACUGUUAUUACUUGUGGACUGGCUACCAAAAUGCAGGGCAGCGGAAAGAAGUCCUCCAUCGAUGAACUCAAUGUGAAGGGAUAUUCCGGCCGAGCGAUGGUCCAGUAACGCGUGGUUAGAAGUAUUUGAAACACAAAUAGUAUUGGAUCGUUUAAAAAAAGACUAUUUACAAUGAUCAAAGAAGCUUGCUAGUUCUAGAUUGCAACAUCUCUAAGAACACUGUAAAUUUAAGAAGCUAGACAAAACAAAUACUUAGCGCGUAAGAUGUAGAGAGACUUAGUCUUUAGGUAAAUCGAAAUCCACGCUGCAUCGCCGCUGCAGAAUAAGCCCAACUUUUAAGAAUCAUUCGCUCUGCACGCACCGAGAGCUGCUCAGCGCAAAACCUUGCCUUGAAAAGUUGGGCUUACCGGUGGCGCUAGCAGGACCCAAAAAAUAAAACCCGCGUUUAGGCAAGCAACCCCGCGAAAAAAAACGGAACGUUAGAUACGUGCGCCUUAGUGUCACGAAGUAGACUGCAUUUUCAUUAGAUUAGAAAACGACGGAAAAAGGAAACGGAAGGAGUAUGUAAGAAAUCGUAAUUUAUUCUGGAAUGCAUUUAUUGCUAUUACUGCUAUUUAUUUAUGAGCUAGCGAUUUUUUUGUAGAUUAUUUUAACAGACGCGACGUGUAGUGUUUAAGUUUGCAUUCCAAACCAGCAUGCUUUCGUUAUUAGCGUGAAUGUACAGUGAUUUUAUCGAAUAAAAUAAAUAGUUGAGUUAA